AUGCAUGAUUCUCCAAUUUCACAUGUCAUUAAUAUUUCAGGCGGUGCAGUUCCGUCGACUUUCACAGCCUCAAAUUCUUUGGGGUGUGGCUCUGGUAUUAAUUGGGCUAAGAAUCUUAGCGCUGCUAGUAAAAUUCCUGAAUCCGCAGCUCCAGUGUCGAUUUCGGAUUCAAGCAGGCCUUCCGUCAAAGUAUCGAAUGAAGUUUUCGAGCGAGGAGCUAAACUACACAGCGAUUUUAUUGUUGAAAUCUUUUAUUGGAAGCCUCCUUCGUAUGGCAAGAUCUGGGGUGUUCUCAACUAUCUUUGGGGAAAUGACAAGCGAUGUCUUAUCCCUGGCUUCCACCUUCGUGUUCUCUCUGUGGAGAAAUUGGUCAUAAGGACUCUUUGUCCUCGAGUUUAUGGUCCGGAAAAUAAACCUCGAGCAUAUGAUCCUGAAAAUAAGCCACGAUAUAAUGAUAAGAACCGAUCUAGUGCUUCUCCUUCAGCACUCUCUCAGGAUUCGAAGAAGGAGAACACAUCCCACAAUGAGCAAAAACCAUCUUGGAAGCCGGUGAUCCCGCCUUCAAAAAAUUCUUCUUCCACUGAAGGGCAAAGCUCAGCUUCUGCGCUAGUUGUGCUACCAGACGCAAAAUCUUCUUCUGGUCAUUCUCCAAGCACGGUCCAGAAGGGAAAUCUCUUGUCAGAUAAGGCUCCGAUGGAUUUGGUCGUUGUUAAAAAAUCCUUUCAUCCACCUCAGAAACCUCUUCAUCCAAAGCCUUCUACGUCGCCCUCAUCUUUAAUCACCCAAACAUCUAAUCCCUUAGAUAUCCUUCAGGAGGAUAGUUUGGCUCUGAGUUUUUCGGAUCGUCCUACUAAACACGCUAACAACGAUUUUCCGUCUAGUGCUUCGAAGAAAAAAAGGAAGGUUACUUCUUCUUCUGUGACAGUUUCGCAAGAUGAUCACCCUCCUCUUGGGGUGAUGCAUCACACACCUUAA